AUGUUUGAACCUGUGCCAAACGGAGGACUUCUUGCCUAUUAUCAAAAUCGUGGUAGUCAGGACAAAGCGAACGGUGGCCCUGGCCUCAAAGCUUUCCCACCUGGAUUCAGGAUGAUAAGUGGGAAUCCCACUCUGAGAUCCAAGAAAUAUGCCGAUGGAUUGGGAACUCAGGCAGAGUUGGCGGAGCGUGCUAUUGCUUGGGCAUGCCUAAGGUAUACGACUUCAAACCCCGAUUACUAUGGAACCGGCGGUUUCCCUCACACCGAUUGUGAAGCCGGCUUCCAAUCCCGAAUUCACUUCCCUGCUUGCUGGGACGGAAAGAACGUCGACAGUACGGAUCAUAAAUCCCAUGUGGCUUUCCUUUCAAUUCUGGACAACGGAAGCUGUCCUCCUACGCAUCCGGUCGGGCUCAUGAAGUUAUUUUAUGAGAUUACUUGGGAUAUCCAUAACUUUGCUGGACGUUGGAAGGAAUCUGAUGGGUGGCCUUUUGUCUACGCUACCGGCGAUCCAACAGGUUACUCCUUACACGCAGACUUCCAGAAUGGGUGGGAUGUCACUGUCCUUCAGGAAGCCAUCGACGAAUGCAACAACCCGAACGAUCAAACCAUAAACGGCGUUGUCGACGCAUGCAAACGAUUCACGGUUAUCCCAGCUGCAACCGCUAAGACGUGCCAACUGUCUGCAGUCGUGAACGAACCGGUCAGCGGUUCACUUUCCAAGCUUCCUGGAUGCAACCCUAUCCAGACUGGUCCUGGAGAUGCAACGCUUUACACAGAUCAGAACUGCCCCAAGUAA